AUGCGCCGGACCAUCUUCCCUUCCCUGGGGGCUCUGCUUGUCAGCACCGUCAUCCUCGCCACCAUAUACCCCAGGCGAUAUGGGGAGAACCAGCAAUCGAUCUUGGCGGAGAGACGCCGAGAGUCGCUCCUCUCGAAUCCGACCAACAUGGCGCCACCGUCGAUGACUACAUCGCUGUGCGAUGUCUUCUCGGGAAGGUGGGUCUUUGACAACACGUCGCGCCCCCUAUACGAGGAGGGACAGUGCAGGCACAUGGGCACACUGGCUUGCGGGAAGCAGGGGCGGAGGGACUUGAAGUUCCAGCAAUGGAGAUGGCAACCCCAUGGUUGUGACCUUCCCAGGUUUGAUGCCACGGCACUGCUGGAGAGGCUAAGGAACAAGAGAUUGAUGUUCGUGGGGGACUCUCUUAAUAGAGGUCAAUGGGCUUCUCUCGUUUGCAUGGUGGAGUCGUCGAUCCCCAAGAAGCGAAGAUACCUCUCGAACCGUCGUCGUGGCCGCCCUACGAUCGUCUUCACUGCCCACGAUUACAAUGCAACAAUUGAAUUCUAUUGGGCACCCCUGCUUGUGGAGUCCAACUGUGACGAUCCAGUGAUCCAUCGGGUAGACAAUCGGAUUGUUCGAGUUCAGGCCAUUGAAAAGCAUGCAAAGCAUUGGUCUGGCGUGGACAUCCUCGUCUUCGAUUCCUAUCUUUGGUGGAGGCAAGGACCCAAGAUCAAAGUUUCAUGGGGAUCAUUUGAAAGUCCUGACAGAAAAUAUGAGCUGAUGAAGAUGCCUCGAGCAUACAAGAUGGCUUUAAACACUUGGUCAGAUUGGAUGCAGGUUCAUAUGGACAGAUCGAAGACGCAGGUGUUCUUCAUUGGCAUGUCUUCUACUCAUGAGAGAGCCGAGGAUUGGGGUGGGAUUGCGGGUCACAAUUGCUUCGGAGAAACAGAACCGAUCACCAAAGAAGGGUAUUGGGGAAGCGGGUCGAAUCGCGAGAUGAUGCGCGUGCUCCAGAAGGCGCUCAACAAGCUAUCGAAAAGAGGCCUCAAUGUUCAAAUGCUUAACAUUACGCAGCUCUCGGAAUAUCGCAAGGACGCACAUGUGUCCAUAUACAAAGGGCAAGCCAAAAACCUCACUCAACAUCAAAUCGCAAACCCUGCCACCUAUGCAGAUUGCUUCCAUUGGUGCCUUCCCGGACUGCCGGAUGUGUGGAACGAACUCUUGUAUGCCUACAUUUUACAGAAUUAG